AUGUGUGGCUGGGGCGAGGAGGGUUGGGAGGCGUAUUGUGAGGAAGAAAAUGGAGAGGAGAGUUGGGUAGGAAAUGAGGAGGAGGAGGAGGAGGAGGAGGAGGAGGAGGUGGGAGCUGCACCAUCGGAACGACAUGGCCACGCUGGAAGCGGAGAAAAGGACCCUCGCCUGGGCAUUGGGGCAAGACGCCAAAGAGGGGCAGGAGCGAAAGGAGGGUGCACGGAGGAGGGACGAGCUGGCUCAAGGCGGGGUCCCGAGUGGAAGAAAUAAAAGAGAGGUCCUGAAAGAGCCACCGUGCCCUGCGUCUCCUCCUGCAUCACCUUCUCCUCGCAAUUCUACUGGGUUCCUCUCACUCCUCGCUUGCAAUACAAGGCUGGAGGCAGCCAUGCGCAGGGUCUUCCAAGCGGUAGAUCGCGAGGAUAAAAGGCGGGGGUGGGUGUCAUCUGCGGUUCUAGUGCACGCCUGGGCGAGUGAUGAAGAAGUCAGCUGGAUCCUGGAAUGGGAGAGAAGGAGCGAAAAAGGGAGGAUAGGAGUGGGAGGGACGGUGAAAGGAAGUCCGGAGCCUUCUUGGACCUGGGAAUGUUCUAGAGAUGGCGGAGAGGCCGAAAAGGAGCAGGAGAAGGAAAACAUGGGAAGGACGCUGGGUGAAUGUGAGGUGGGCACGAGGAGGUGCCUGGAAAUCUACGGAACGGAAGGAAACUUACAUAAGUGAGUUUUAGAGCGUGUGAUAGAACAAGAAACAGUCACGUGGGGGGAGGUGCUCUUGUCUUUCGUUCCUGCAUGGGAGGGAGGGGGCGCAGCGCAAGACGAAAAAGGAAAGAAAGUCAGAGAAAGUUUGAGUGCUGGCGUUAGAAAUUGUGCACCAGGGAUGGCGACAGCAGCUAAAAAAGAGAAAAGGAGUUACGUCGAGGAAGAUAGCACUGAAUGGGAAGCGAGGGGAGAACCGAGUCGAACAGGAGAAACAGGGGAAAUGGACAGCGAGAGGGAGCGGUGGCGGGGGGGGAGGAGUAGCGUUAUAGACAACGGAGACAAGCCAAAUCAGUCGGAAGAUUCGAGCCUGGUGGCUCGUUUGCAAGUAUUAGAGGAUUUGGGUGAGACGCUGUUGACGUGUUGACCAGUAACAGGCAAGCAGAGGGCCAUGGGAGAGUCUGGUUCCUCGUUAGUGUUUGGUCGUCUCCUUCAUGUAUCUUGUUAUGGCUUUGAUUGAGGAGCGCUGUUUGCACGUGUGAAAUCAGGAAAAUGAUGUGAAAGCAACAUGGGGUGUGCUCUGACUUGGAUGAAGCCGGGCUCUCUGCCUCCCCCAUCGUACUCCGGACCUCUGGUCUCUUCUGGUAGGCUCCCAGGUGAUGAGCUUGUGGAGGUUAAAAGAGGUAGCAGAGAACGACUCUGGGAAAGCGUUGUACAUUCCCAAUGUGAACCCACGAAAGAGUUAUGAGACAACAGAAUAAGACAUGUACCUCUCUCGUGAUUGCUUCUUGAGUCACGUAGCGCGCGUGCGGAGCCUAUCCACACAUUGUGGUCACCAAGGCUGUCGACCGAGUCCCACCCUCUCAUGCCAAUUUAUCCCAUAGAUACGGUAAUAAGCCAUAGAUAUCGACGGUACCCACAAGGACGAAGAGCAAUACAAUAGAUACCUUUCGCGAUACAUCGCGCGCUGGGCUAGAUUCCUCCGCCUUGGGUUUAACCACCGCCUCGCUCAUCCGGAGAUUCGAUUGGUUCACUCUGUCACGCGCUCCUCCCUACGCCUAUCGAGAAACUUCACUCACCCACCUUUACCCAACAGCACAAUGUUAA